AUGCCAUCCUUCAAUCCCGACAAAGACAUCUCCGACCUCUCGGGCAAGGUCAUCUUCGUGACCGGAGGAAACGCUGGCCUGGGCAAACAGACCAUCCUGCGGCUCAGCAAGCAUAACCCGGCACACAUAUUCCUCGCCGCGCGAACAAAGUCCAAGGCCCUAGCCGCAAUCGAAGACAUCCACAAGGCCGUGCCAGAUGCCGCGCCUAUCACAUACAUCAACCUCGACCUUGCGUCAUUUGAUAGCAUUCAGCAGGCUGCCAAGGAUUUCCACAGCCAGUCGCAGCAGCUUCACAUCCUCAUCAACAACGCCGCUAUCAUGGCCACACCGGCAGGCACCACCAAGGAUGGCUAUGAGAUCCAGUUCGGCACCAACCACAUGGGACACGCGCUCCUCACAAAGCUCCUACUUCCCACCCUCAAGAGGACUGCCGCAACUACCAGCCCGCCCCAGGACGUCCGCAUCAUCAACGUCGCCUCUUCUGAGGAGGCCAGAUCUCCCGCCACCGACACCUAUGAUUUUAACAAGCUCAAGACAGACAUGGCCUCCACAUCCACACUUAUCCGCUAUGGCAUCUCAAAGGUCGCCAACAUCCACCACGCCCGUGCUCUCUCCCGCCACCACCCGGAGAUCCGCUCCAUCUCGCUGCACCCAGGCGUCGUCAACACUAAUCUCAAGAACGGAAUGGGCGCUAGUUGGCCGUUAAUGAAGCCCCUACUGCCCCUGAUCGGUUUGUUAUCUACCAAUGUCUCAAAUGGCACUAAGAACCAGCUGUGGGCCGCUGUUAGUCCUGAUGCCAAGUCGGGCGAGUUUUACUUUCCAGUCGGUGUUACUGGCAAAGGGUCAAAGCAGUCCCGUGAUAAGGCUCUUGAGGAUGCUCUCUGGAACUGGACGGAGAAUGAGCUUAAGGGAUAUGCCUAA